AUGAAGAAAGCAUCUAUAUCUGAACUGAAGGCAUUAUUAGAUGAAGAGCGAGAUCAGAGAAGAGAUGAUCGAGAAAAGGCUGCUGUAGAUAUGAAAACCUCAAUACAGAGAGUUCAGGCUGAGGCUCAGGAGGAACUUAAAAGACUGUCUGAUGACGCCUUAAGACGAGAAAAAGAGCAGCAAGAAGUGAUUAAUAAGCUUCAGGAAUCAGAGAAAGAAAGGUCAACGUUGGUAGAAACUUUGAGAUCUAAAUUGGAAGACACUAGGCAGAAACUGGUUGUCUCAGAAAAUAAAGUUCGCCAGCUUGAAGCCCAAAUUUGUGAAGAGCAACUAGCUUCUACUAGUAGAAGUAAAAGAAUUGAAGAACUUGAGGAUGAAACGAAAAUAUUGAGGAAUGAACUGGAGAGAGAAAAGGCAGCUCGGGAAGAAGCCUGGGCAAAGGUUUCUGCUCUUGAACUUGAGAUAAAUGCUGCAAUGCGAGAUCUUGAUUUUGAGAGGCGUAGGUUAAAAGGUGCUAGGGAAAGAAUCAUGCUCCGGGAAACACAGCUUCGAGCUUUCUACUCAACAACUGAGGAGAUUUCACUUUUGUUUGGAAAGCAGCAGGAACAGCUGAAGGCAAUGCAAAAGACACUAGAAGAUGAGGACAAUUAUGAGAAUACAUCGGUUGAUAUCGAUCUCAGUCCUAACAAUGGAAAUGUAAAUGGAUCACAACUCAGACCAAAAGAAGGAUUAGGGUAUCGAAUCAACAGUGCUGCUAAGGCAGGCUCCAGUAGUUCGGCCCAGAGGCAUGGCAGAAAUCAAGUUGAGAUAUCUAGUGAUGAAGCAAGUGUUACAGAGAAGCACACCUGCAAUAUCAAAAGUCAAGAAGGUGGGCAAGACACCCAGGAAGUAGAAAUUACAAGUGUGGACCGCAUUAAGGGGGGCUUUGGUUCUGAUAUUGAUGGAGUUGGCACUGCGCCUGUUCUGGAGGGAGACCCUAUUGAAACUGAGCGAAUUCUUGAGACUGAGAGCCCAGGAAUUGGUGGUCUCCAGAAUAUUGAUUUAAACAAGUGCAGUGCGUUAGCUGGGGACACAAUGCAGCUAGAUGAUGAAAACCAUGGGGAGGAAGCUGAGCGCCAAAGGAUUUGUGGGGAGAGUGCACAUCUCUCACAGUCAAAUAACCCCCUGGAGAUUCAAAACACCAUGGAAGAUACUGAAGCUGGAGGCACAGUCAGAACGGCCGACCUUUUGGCUUCAGAAGUUGCAGGAAGCUGGGCUUGCAGCACAGCUCCUUCAGUCCAUGGAGAGAAUGAUUCUCCAAAGAGUAGAGACAUUGAUGAGGAAGGUGCUGCAGCUUUAAAUGAUUCCAAUGGUCUGUUGGCCGAGUCUCAACACGCCCUGUCUUCCUCCGUGGCUGUAGCUGCCAGACGGAACGAGCGUCAAGCGCUGAGUGACAUGAUCGGGAUUGUUGCACCUGAUCUGAAGGAGCAAUUUGGUGGUGCUGUGGGCAGCGAUUGUGAUCAAGAGGGAUCCGAAAAAGGUUUAGCUUCCAAUUCAGAUACGGAAGAUUGCACCGACAAUGAAGAUGAUAAUGGAGUGAAUUCUGAAGAGUCUGAGGGCGGGAACCGAGCAAAUGAGACUGAACGAGCUGAUGACGCAAUGGAUGAAGAUGAUGAAGCGACUCAAGAAGAUUCUCUUGGAUAG